GUUUUAUUUCCUCUACGAUGGUGUCCAAGUAGAAUUUUUUAUUUAUGUUCCCUGACCCCACCGUGGCAUAUAGGAUUGGAUACCCUAAUACCAGACACCCCACCGUCAUGAACGCUAUUCUUCUUGCUAACUUUGGGGGAUCUUCCCCACCACUACAAUUACACAUUUAAGGCGUUUCACAAGCACCCCCUCAGUUAUCCAACAAAAAGGGUAGUAUUGGUUGCUAUGUAUUUUAUUUAGCUACAUCGAAACGCAUACUAUGGCUUUGAUAUUGAUGGCUCUUCAGAAAAGGUGGUCACCGAGGUGGUUCAUUUUUCUGGAUAACAGGUUGACAUAGGAAAUGGACAGGUAAACUUUGGAAAAAUCGCAGACGCUGGUGAGGAGCGAAUACAUAUAGAUGGUUUUCUACAGAUAAGUGAUUUCCACACUACUUUAGAAUUUAUUGUCUUUGGCCGAGAAUCCUUCGGGCAGCUUGCCUUGAGGUUGCGUUAUUACACUUAAAGUCUUGGGAAGGGAUGGAGCUUAUGAGUGUGAUAUCUAUGAGUUCAUAGAACUUGAGGAGAAAAUUCUUGAGUCCUACUCUUCAUGCCCUAGGUUAUUUAAUUACUGGUAUGAUGAUUGAUUUCUAUGAGUUUUUUAGAAACUUUAUAGUAGAGAGAAAUAGAGACGAAUUAUCAUUAGCAAUAACUCUUAUUUCACCCUUUUCACCAUUUUUCCAGUAUACAAAAAAAAGGUUUGGUGUGUAUUUCUGUCUAGUAUAAUCUUUCAGAAAUAUUGAAGAAAGAUUACUUGCAUAUCCUCUUUUUAUGUAUUUGAUCAGAUUUAGUAUUACCAAAAUAUUAUUGAAAACCUUCUUUAGUAAUCACUGACCUAUAAAUACAUCCUGCCUGUAUUAGUCGAGAAGAUAAAAAUACACCGUAGUCUAAAUAGUUUAGUGUACUCCUUUCCCCCUAUUAGACACCAUUGUCCGUGUGUAAGUGUGGUUGAUCAGACAAAACAAGAAAUCCGAUCAAAGGAAGAUGUCUUUGGGGGCGCUUCUCGGUCUUGAUAUUUACCUGCCGGGGACGCCGCAGGAGAUGGUCAGGCCUAUCGACACCUUUCCGUAUAGCAUUUGUCAUUGUGGAAGCCUCUUUGAAGCUGAGGACGCCGAAAAGCGCGCGCGGGACCGAAUACUGCGCAACAACGCGGUCUGCCGUCGACAGCAGCCCUCUUCCUUCGAAGAGGCCUGCGCAUAUGGCAACUUGCCGAUGGUGAUGCACAUGUACCUUCAGGGACAUAUCCAUCUCCCCACACGUCGAGCGUUGUACGAAUCCCAGGACGCGACUCCGCUCAUGUGGGCUGCAUUUCGAGGGCACCUUACUAUAGUGCGUUUUUUAGUUGACAAAGGAGCAGCGGUGAAUGUGAGCAAUUCACUUGGUCAUACCGCGCUUCAUUGGGCAAUUAUUGCCGGGAAGAUGGAUAUCGUCCGCUUUCUCCUCGAUCACGGGGCCGAUCCUUCCCAGCGGGAUAAACAAGGCUAUGAUGCUGCAUUUGUCGCGGUGCAGAACGAUCAACUGCCGUCCUUACUGAUGUUAACUGAAGAUAGCAUUGCGGCCGGGACGCUUCGUUUGGAAGGAGGUCGGUACGUGCAAGGCGAACCUGUAAAAAGCGCCAGUGAAACUGAAAACUGCCGCUUUUACGACCUUAGCCCCGACCGCCGUGAUUUGUCCGGUCAUGGCUUAAUCCACUGGGCCGCCUGGCGUAAUAGUACCUCAAUCUGUCAAUACCUUGUGGAGUACUGGGGAUUUGCCGUAAACCUGUGCGAUGGCCAAGGCCGGACCCCACUGCAUUGGGCCGCUCGAGAGGGCUUCGCCGAGGUCUUAGAAUAUUUACUCAGCUGCGGUGCCGACACGGGGGCGUCGGAUCAUGAUGGCUCCACUGCCCUUUAUUAUGCUAAAAGUCGUGGUCACCUCGAGGCGACCUAUGUACUGGAGGCUCACCUGUGCCGAGAUAUAAUCUACCCUAAUCCUUCGGUUUCCGUUAAGUUCCUUGCUAAGGGCGAGGGGGAUCCCAAAGAUGAGACACCGCAUCUUGCGCCGGAUCGGUCUGUAGAAACGAUUACCAAUAGAGAAACCCCAGCGUGCGACCGGACCCCUCAAAACUUCGUUUCUAUUCUUAAGGAUACCAAUGAGUCGCCAAAAUGUCACUUCGGGAAUAGCUAUGUCACUGUGCGGGAACGUCGAUCGGCGGGGACGCUACGCAUGAUACAUUCUCAUCCCAUGUUUGCCCUCCGUGCGCUGAGUGGGGUUGUCUAUGUCCUAUUAUUCUACCUCUUUUUAUAUCUCAUCUACCCGGUCUUCAGCUACUUUCCGAUUUGGCUUUAUUUGCUGAAAAAUUUCCUAUGGAACUACUUGGCCCCACAGCGAAUCCAAGGUAGCAAGCCGGCGCCCACGCACAGUAAGAGCUUCUUUUCGACUCACGUGAUCGUCACCAGCAUAGCAGGUGCCUUGCGAGGUACGUCGGAGUUUCGCCAGCGUGAGCCCUCCAACUUCUUUGCGCUUCUGACAUUAUUAGGUUUGCAAGUGGUGGCCUGGCACAGCCUUGGCUUCAUGCCCUUCCUUCCAGGUGUGUUUACAUUCUCGAACUCAGCCGCCAACUUGCGCGCGAAGGUGUUGGAUAAACCCCAUAUUUUAGAAAGACUUGACACUGUAAUUCAGGACACCCAUGGGUACUUCGGUGGUCAGGUUCUGGGAUACCUUUUCGAUAACUCUUUCAGCAAAAUGACCACAACGGUGCUGUCACUUCUCCUUGGGCUUACAAUAACAAGCAUGGUACUCACCAAAUGUCUUUCUAUGCGAUCAGUCGAUAAAAAAUGUGAGGGUGGUACGUGGUGGAACUCUCCGCUUUGGCGUAUCUUACAGCGGCGAGCGUACCGUUGCCUUCACCCACGUAGUUACCUGAUGGAACGCCAUGUACAGCUUCCACUACGUUCAUUUUACUGCCCUGAAAGGGAUGUCGUGGUGAGGCGCUAUGAUGGGUAUUCGAUCUUGCUGGAUUGUCCUGUGGGGGAGUCGAACCAUGUGCUCUUUGUUCUAAGUGUCACGUUUCUUGCUCUCUUUGAGGGGCUUAUAUUUCUCUGGGGGUUACAUCAAGCGAUGAUAUACUUGGCUGCCGUCACUCGAAUGGAUAGGUCGUGGUUUGAAAGUAUUACCAUCGCCUUCAAGAGCUCUAGUAUCAUCGAGAACUAUGUUCGAGAAGAGAGAGAGUUUAUGCCUGAUAUCUCUGUAAUUCUCCCUUUAGUGAGCAAAAGCGUUAGCGGAACCAUCUAUUCCUGGACGAAGAUCUUUGUGCAGCUUUUAAUCUACGGGUUGCCUGGUCAAUUACCCCCAAAACUUAGUCUGCUUGAAUCCAAACCUGAGAUGCCGAUGUCAUUCUUCAAGGGACUACUUAGUAAGGCCUACUUUUUUUCCUUUAUUUUAAACCUACGUUGUCUAACACAUUAG